AUGCUAAGGAGCGCCAUCCUGUGCUUAACGUCGCCGGAAAAGCACUUUGCAGAGGUCAUCAGGUACUCGGUCCUGGGACUGGGGACGUACGAGGACAUGCUCACGAGGGUGAUCGUGUCGCGGGCGGAGGUUGACAUGGAGCAGAUCAAGGAGGAGUACAGGGCGAGGUACGGGAGCGCUGUGAGCCUCGACGUCGCCGGCGACACCUCCUUCGGCUACAGGGACAUGUUGCUGGCCUUGCUAGGGGAGCAGGAGUAA